UUUGCUGACACUGUGACCGGAACAAACAGCAAAGCCAUGGCUAUUCAGAGCUUUAGCGUUGCCGGACCCUUCACGCCAGGCUAUGCCUUCCAGACUGUGACCCAAAAUCCUUACAAGGCCGGAGAGAGGAAGACUGCGGAGAGGAAGACCACAGGAACGAAGACCCCUGGGAGGAAGACUGCCGGAUACAGCCCACCCAGGGAUAUGUACACGACGUCCUACAGAGAGGAAUUCUGUAACUGGGAGGGUACGAAACGGAAACCCUUCAAGCCCUGUGACAACCUGAUGCGGAGCGAUGGUGCAUUCCAGGGCAUCACCACCUACCAGGUCGACUUCAGCUACAAGCGCUUGGCGGGCGGCCAGACCGACUACCGGCCGCAGGUCGCCAAGGCGCCCGAGCGCCAGUCAUUCCAGGGCCCCGCCCCUUACGCCGUGCAGCACAAGAUCAAGCCAAACCGUCCGUCCAGACUGCAGGGGGUCAUCUACGCCCCCAGCGCCGCUGCCCCGCUGGACUUAGGCUCCGCCCUCAGGGGACAGAGGGGGGAGGAGCCCAGCUCAGCCCCGCCCCCAAAGCCCGCGCGGGAGGCGGUCAGCAGCGCCUCCCGCCGCGCCUUCGCCCACUCCACCGAGUAUCAGGCCACCUUCCGGGCGUGGCCCACGCCGCCCGUCUACCAGCACGCGUACCCGGUCUACGACCCCCCCAGGGGGACCAUGGAUUUCCUCACCUCCUACGCCUGCGACUACCGGCCCUGGGGCGUGCAGACGCGCCCCCCCAUUCGCCAGCGGGAGGAGUUUGACAGGCCCACGGGGGCCUUCCAGCACACAACCACGUACCUGGCAGACUUCACGCCCAAGGUGGCCACGCCCACCCGCGCCAGGCCAGCGCAGAGGAGAUAG